AUGAACAAGAUCCGAUCAAUACAAGCCCUAAAUAAAAGGGAACUAGAAAAUGGAAUCCGUCCAGAAGCCUCCUGGCACGCCGACUACCGCGACACCGCCUUCAUCUACUUCGGCGGCCUCCCCAGCGAACUCUCCGAAGGUGACAUAAUAAUAAUAUUCUCGCAAUACGGCGAGCCCGUAUUCAUCAAGCUCGCGCGUGACAAGGAAACGGGCAAGUCGCGCGGCUUCGGCUGGCUCAAGUACCAAGACCAGCGCAGCACGGAACUGGCGGUGGAUAACCUCGGCGGGGCUAAGAUAUUAGGGCGCGUGAUGCACGUGGAUCACGCGCGGUAUAAGCCGAGGGAUGAUGAGGAUCCGGAGGAGGGAAAGGUGGAUUGGCGGUCGAUGUUGAGGAUGGAGGGGAAGAAUGCGGAGGAGAGUAGUGAGGGGGAAGGGGAGGAGGAGGAGGAUGGGGGGAGACCGAUGUUGGAGGAGGAGAGGGAGUUGGAGAAGUUGAUGAGGGAGCAUGAUGAGGAUGAUCCGAUGAAGGCUUUUUUGAUUGAGGAGAAGAAGAAGGAGAUAAAGGAGGCGAGGGAGCGGUAUGAGAAGAAGUCGAGGAGGGAUAAGGAUAGGCACAGACACCGGAAGCAUAGGUCUAGGAGAGAUGACGGCGACGAGGAUGAGGAAUCGCGCGCGAGGGAUAAGAGAGAGGACAGGAGGAGACGUGAUGGUAGCCCAGAUACCCGAGACUCGAGGAGGAGGGAUCGAGAGAGGCGGAGGAGCCCGGGAGAGGAAGGGUCUUGUAAAGAUCCCUACGCCGAGGAGCGUGAACGGAGAAGAAGAGAAAAGGAGAAGGAGAGGCGGCAGGACGACCAAGAGGGUGAUGCGGAGUCAAUAGAUCGGCGAAAGCGACGGAAAGAAAGGGAUGGCUCACUGGACCGCCGACGAGAGAGGGAUGAGAAACGGCAUCAUAGGGAGAGGAGGAGAAGCAGGAGUAGAUCACCCUAA